AAGGAUUCUGAAGGUCAACUUCGCAAGCUCUUCUUCGUCGACCCCAAACAGGGUUGUCAGAAAUCGUCGAUUUCCAAAGACGUCGUCACGGCUGAGCCUGUGACUCUGGAGAUAGCUGACGCAUCUUUGUCUGGCGAUAUACUUGCACAGUUUCAGCAAAUGAAUAUCGCUGUACCCACAGAUGCCAAACCCUUUUGCGAGCUUGAUGCCACAGUCUCUAUGCCCUUAACGACAGCCGCUACUGAUUUGGGUAACUUCAGCAUAUGUUCUAGCCACGAAUACCUCUUUCUGAUGCUUUCGUGUUAG